UUACCUCCCUUUUAGAUACCUUGGUUUUGUUCGUGUUUUUUCAUGGCGCGCGCGAUAAUGAAGUGCAACUGUUGCAGUGGAUAGUUUUUGUGAUAUAAAAUCAAGAGUGCAAAAAGUGAUUGGUGAAGUGGACAAUGGCUACGGAACUAGAGCGGAUGCUGUCCCUGCUGAAAGGGUGCAUCGAUUCUCAGCAUGCCGCCAAAGCAAAGGAAUGCAUUUUGUCCAUCGGCGAGUUGGUUCUCGCCGGGGAGGGACAAAGUUCUGCCGAAACAGAGUACUACCUGGACACCUUGAUCAACUCCCCGAACGGCAUAUUGUCGUUUCUUCAGCGCUCGAUCAAAGCGUCCGGACGCUUCCAGAAGGUCAACGAAGAGAUAUUCGAUCUGUUGCGUCGGGUAAUCCAAAACACAGCCAGUUGGUUCGUAAAUCCGUCGAAAGUGUCGUCCGCGAAUGUGUCCGGUUCGUGCAGUCAUCGUCGGUUAGUGCCCGGGAACGGGAACUGGGUACGGCCGUCAUUCAAGAUUUGCUCGUGUACAAAUGUCUUGAUGAACAGUACGACAUGAGUCAACUUUUGGGGGAACUACUGGUGGUGUUCGAUCAGCGGAGCAAGCUUACGAAUCGUUUCCAGCAGUGCUUAUUCGAGUUGAUAGGGUUGAUGGCAAAGGAUUUUCCGGAGUGCGUCUCGGAAUCGCGUCAGCGCAAAAUUCUGGACAAUAUGAUGCGCGUGGCCGAGGGUCAACUGUUGGAGGAGAAUUAUCCUUCGUUGAUUUCGCUGGCUGGGGCGUUGCAGGGUUUGACCUAUUUUCUUGUGAAUUUCGCACCCGACGAUGCCGAAGAGGGGCAAGAGCAACAGUUGAAUCUGAAGAGGCGAAUCUACCUGAUCGUUAAGAAGCUAUCGGACUGGGAUGAAGCGGUGAAGGAGCGGCAAGCAUUCAGAAACGCCUUGAUCCUCCUGGAACGUCACAGUGCCCUAUUCUCACCGUUUCUCUACGUCGACUACGUACACUGGCAGAACAUUCUGACAACCAAAUGGCUGCGAUCGUCCGUGGAAGACCGCAAAGUGGCGAUCUACGCAUUGCAUUCCUUCCACCGUGAAAUAGCGCGCCAACUGUUGGCUCGUGAAGAUCUUGAAGAAUCAACGUCCACCGCGGAGGGCGCAGCACGUGAAGCGCGUAUAACUGUGCUGAACUUCUUCAUGAAGUACUUCAAGACCGUCCUGAUGGCGCCCGGUUCUAAGUCCUUCGAGAUACGAGUGGCCAUUCGGGGAUUCGGCUCGAUGGCCGAAGCCUGCAGCUGCCUUAUGACGGAGGAAUACAUGAACGAAUUGCUGCUUCUGGUGAUGCAGCGGACCGAGUUCGUGUACUUGGUGGAGGAAAAAUCCAAUGAACUGUUGGAACAUUUGCCGGACUUCGUACAGGCUCUCUCGGACAUCAUGAGUCACGUGCGCGAGCUGACUGGAGUGCAGAUCAUAGCGCUCCAAAACAUCAUCAUCGGAUUGGUGAAGGAUUUCCACUAUCUGAGUAGUUCGUACCAUGAGCUGAUUGUGAGUUCUCUCAUGAAAACCUUCGAUAAUUUGGGUAAGCUUGGCGGCGGAGUUUUGGACAAUUUACUUGAGAAGAUUGUGCUGAGAGGAAUCAUCUGGAGUUGCUCGCACAUGCUAGUUGUCGACGUGAAUCAGGGUAGAGGUCCUGAAGAAAAUUCAAACUGGAAAGAUUACAUUACCUACAGGAAUUAUCUUCCGUUGUGGAGGGGUUUGCUCACGCCUGGGUCGAAUCUGAGCUUGGACAGAGGACCGCUGAUAAAGGUCAUCUACGCUCAGUUGAUGAAGACGUUGCUCCUGAUUUUGGACAAACUGGAUUUGAGCACUCGUAAACGAACGGUCAAGGACGACACCGGGGAAGAUCAGGACGUGUUCUUCUGCGAUCCUAACAUUGAUCUGGUCCCAGUGAAACCGAAAGAUUUCCAUAUUUUCUUCAACUUGGUGGACUUGUAUCAGGACUUGCUGAAGUACAACGACCACGUGCGGGACAAUUUCGAAGAAUGGAUUCCCAUCUAUUUCGACUAUAUGGUUAGGAAGUCUGUGAAACAUCCGCUGGUCAGCGGAUUUGUAAAGCUGAUUGAUCUGGGACUGUUCACAGCCAACCAACUGCGGUACUUUCAGAGACAGCAGAACUUUUCGACGAUGUCCACGACCAACCUGCUGGUCUACUAUUUGGAGUUGCAAAUUGCCAAAUCACGUAAUUCCACCGGAGAACUGCAGCUCACCUGUUUGCGAUUUGUCUUGGGUGCUCCCGUGACAUUGCUGGACAGUUUUCUGGAUGAUUCUAAGGACUUGAUAGAAAUAUUAUGCUCUGCAUUUCAACUAGGGAAAGGAAUGCUAUCCUUGGCGAAUGCAGCGCUUUCCUGCGUAAGGCGUCUAGUCGCCGAAGGCUCCCCAACUUCCUCAGAAAAUCGCGAUCGCGUUCUUGUUCACGUUCUUCCGUUGCUGGACAGCUAUCUGCAAACCCGUGACGUUGCUCUGCCGCCUCCGAUUAGUUCUCGCUUGGUCAAAUUCCAGCGCAAACGAAGCGUCCACCUGACGAGCAGUAAGAUCGAAAAGAUCAAACUUCAGCACGCUUUGGAAGCUUCCGAGAGCGAUUUGGUCAAGCUCCAGUUGAGGAUUCUGGUUUUUCUGGGCGAUCUCGAUCCGAACGUUUGCACCAAAAUGAUACUUCGGUCCGAAACGGACGAUGCGGCCCAGCAAACGGCGGACCUGGAAAAACCGUUGGUCCUAUGGGAUUUGGACUCGAAUCGGAACAUUUCGCUGCAGUUGUUGAAUGUGACCGGAAUCAGACCUAUCAUCAAACUGGACACGAUCAUAGCACGAGUAUGCGCGCUAGCCGUGGGUUCUAGCGAUCGCAAAACCAAGGUUGCCGCUUGCGAACUGUUGCACGCGUUGAUUCUGUACGUCAUCGGGAUACAGUACCAGGACAAGAUGACCAAGCUGUGGACCAAACUCUGUGACCAUUUGCUGCAGCUAGCCACCGACACGGACAUUGCCGUGUGUCAAAUGUUCGAACCGCUACUGUUCCAGAUCAUACACUACCUAACGCAACCGUCCAAAAUCGGCCUCAAGGGUACGGAAGUGCUCGUCAACUGUCUGAUGGAGUCCAUAUCGCACCAGACGGAUACCGGCGUGCGAGAUCUGGCUGCACGCUGCAUACGGGAAUUUCUCCUGUGGACUAUUCGACAAACGCCUGCCGACCAGCGUAGUGCGCUGUCGUCUUCGUCGAGUGCCAACCUCUCGGUCAUGCUCGAGAAGUUGCGUACGUUUAGCUUGGAUUCGAAUCCGAACCGCCGUCUUGGGGCAGCUUUGGCAUUCAACAACAUCUACCGCAUACUGCGCGAAGAAGAUGCUCAGAUAGAGCGCUGCUGGUUCGAUCUGUUCUACGUGUUCUGUAUGAACUUCGUCAUGACGGAGGACUUUGAUGGUUCGACGACUAAUUUGGAGCAAGUGUCGGCCACCAUCGAUCAUCUGGUGCGGGUUUUGGUGGUGAGGAAGGUCGUGUUCAACCGUGAAAGCAGCGUAAGAAUUGUUCCUAGGGUGUUUGGGGGCAGCUUGCUGAAGGAUCUGGUACUGUGGUUGUUCAGACAGUGUAGUAGCAGGGAGUCGAGUUACCGGCACAAGUGUAUGGAGGUGUUUCCAAAAUUGACGAGUUCGGUGGAUGGCUGUCGUUCUGCAGCGGAGUUUGUUGGGAAAUAUCUAAGCGACCAGGAGAUACUGGAUAUAUGCGAUCACGUGGAUACAAUGCAUGGAAUUCGCAGUGCACCUAAUUUGCAAUUCAUUGCCGAGAAGAAGCUUCCUAUCAUCAUGAAUGUCUAUCUUUGGUUGGAGUAUCUUGCAUCGAGCUUGGAUAUGUACUACUGGUUGAUUAAAAAUUCCCUGCUGCGGAACGCUGAAGAGUUCCUGAGUGCCUCCAACCUGUUCGCUCCAGUGGCAUACUUUCUGGAAAGCGUAUCGAACGCAUCGAUGUUCGAGCUCAUGACAGUGAUCCGACCAAGUAUCGUAGAAGAUAGCUACGCUAGCAUCGAAUUUCGUGUGUGCACCGACAAGAUUAUCAAGUUCAACCUGCUGAAAUGUACGAUCAUUGUGCGAAUAGUAGACUUGCUAAGUCUCGUGCUUCCGCUGAGGUGUUGCCGAAGUGUGCCGGACGCCUUCUGGGAUUCUGCAGCGGUGUCUCAGUUCGUAGUCGAUCUCGUAUACCAACCACAAAAGCUGGGCUUCGACUUCAAAUCGUGUCGUGAAACUAUGGAACAGGUUCCCAAGCGAGUGAUGCAGCUCCUGGACAAAAUUGAGGGGUUUGAAAAUCUACACUUCAAGGAAACGGUGUAUCAAAAACUGUCUGAAAAGCUCAGCUCUUCUAUGGAGGACUUUGCGGAUCGAAUUGAGGAUUUAAUGAGCUCGGAAACAAUAGGAUUGGAAGACGGCAACUGUGCAAAGGGAAAAUUGAUGGUGGCACAGCGGUACACAACCUUCAAACGGUACUUCAGCUCAGGAACAAUUGAUUUUUUGGAAACGAUAUCGAACAAAUUGCUGCACAAUAUUUUCAACGGUUUGAAAAGGGAACGUCUGGAUGAACUGUUUGUUGUCGACUUGACACCAAGCGUGAAGAGAUUCUUCUCUUGUCUGUUACAUAUAGUGCUACUGUUCAAGUCCACUGGAACCAUGGAGCUGUUGGUGGAAUUUAUGCUCAACGAGCAGAAGUUACGAUUGUAUCAGCAGACUGUCAAUUCGACUAUUUUGCAUGGAGAGCACUUUGUCAAUACGUUCGAUCAGGUCAUUUUCGAGUAUGUUAUCCAGCGUCUCCCUGAGAGCUUGAACUUGAUCCUAGAUAGAUUGUCUGCUAACAAUUUUAUUGCAAUCGUAAAGUGGAUGUGUAACUUUUUGGAGUUCUUAUACCAGAGAAAACGUGCGGAAGUCCCCGCAUUGAAAUCGGUUAGUGAAUUCCUGCUCGCUAAAUGGGCUCCUAUCUGUGACCGAGCUUCAGAAAUCGAUAAUAAGUUUGGAUCAACAGAUCUUCGUCUCGUUGAGUUUAUGUCCAACCUUGCAAUGGCUAGUCCAUUUGCACUCAGUGAAAUUGGGCGUAAAGCAGCUGGUUUCGAACGUUGGCUGCUGACCUUGAUCGCCAAUGCUCAGAAUUCGUUGGAUUUGAAAGCGAAGGCCAUGUUCUUACUUCCGGCUUUGGUGGGAGAUUCAGACUUUGAGAAAGCAUCCGUGGCGGAAGCUUUGCAAAAGCUGCAGAAUCAGCACUUCCCGUUACGUUCCUCAGAGUUCAUCGCAAACAGCGCCGAGAGAGUUAGCUUUGAAAAUUGUCUUACGGCUCUGUUAGACGCUAUGGUAGUUUCCAGGUCUCCGGUUCUAUUGAAGGCCGUCAUCGAUGCAACGGCUGCUGAUCCGGAGCACAUAGCUGAGCAUAAAAUACGAAUCGCUCUGGAGAAGUACAUGAGCAGUCAGAACAGCAAUCAACAAUGUUUUAAUUUGAAGCAAAUAUUCACCAAAUUUCGAGAAGAAUCUCUGGAACCAAAUAUCCGUCUGACAAUGCUCAAAAGAUACUUAGUCACCUCACUGCGAGUUUGCAAUGUUGAAACGAUCUACACGUUCUACAAGCUUUACAUCAAGAACAUCAACGACAUGAUCCGCAGUAACUACGGUCAGUUUGGAUCCGGUUGGGAGGCUGAACACGCACUCGUUAACCGCCUUGGAGGCUACCAGUUGAUAGAACUAUACGUUGCCAUUCUCCAGCGGGACUACCUGCUGACCGAUGACUGCAUUGUUGCCAAAGCUUUAUACGGCGAGAGUGGAAAAAUUCCGGGAAACCGAUUGAUUACUGAUUUGACAAAGAAAGCUUAUGCCGCAAGAUCAGAAGUGUUCCUCACACCAGAUUCCCCAACAGCGGAGUUAUUUAGGAAGUAUCAGUGCGCAGCCUACCGGGCUCUAGCUGCCAUCAUUAGCAACACCAAAGAAGAUCUUCAACUCUACAACGUGUUACUGUUCAGAGAAAACGCAGACAAAAACGAAUAUAUUUGGAGGAAACUUGUUAACUGCACCGAGGACCAUUUGUACGACAGCUUCAGUCAAGAACUGGAAGAUUAUCCCAAGAUCAAGGACAAAAUCGUUUCAAUUCAGCGGUUGAGUUCCGAUUCGGGCAAGUCCCACAGUAAUCGCUUCAAGUACAUUCAAAUGACAAGCGUAUUCGAGUCUUCACUUAGUCAGGAUGUCACCAAGUUGGAUCUGAAUUAUUCUGUCGUGCGAACUACGCAAGAGAUGGCCACCAGAGAAGCUGAAGAAUUUGCUGCCUUAAAGCAACAUCGAGCGACAGUGUCGCUGGAACGAUCCAAGAUCAACGAUCAUGAGGUUAUGGCAACGAUCUGCGCCGUCAUCCAGCAUAUGCACGAGAACAAAAUCACACCAGUGGUUGAGGGGGCGCGUGCUACGCCACCUCCUUGGGUGAAAUUCCUAGCGGCGUCCUUACGGGAUCAACAGCAGCACAAGAACGUCCGACUCUUCUUAGCCAAGGUCAUUGAUAACUGUCGGACAUGGUUGAAACCGUACGCAGCUACGCUCAUCCCGCCGUUGAUGCAAGUGAUCGUCGACGAGUGUGUCGCUUCGCAGUUGAACACUUUCGUUACGGACUUGAUCGCACUGAUCUUGGAAUGGGGCGAUCAAUCAUAUCAACCGGCAAGCGUCGAUGAAAUCAGUUUGGCAUCCGGUUUGGUGAAGUUUGUGAUGAGAAACUGUUACCAUGCGAGAAGGGAAGUUUUUCGUUUGAAUUUGGAGCUGGUUAAACGCUUGAUCGAACAAUGGAAGGCGGUGAUCAGCGUGCCGGUACAGCUACUGUAUGACAUGAUAGGCCCGACGCAGGACCCCGAAUCAAUGCAGAACAUCGGUGGCUUGCAGUUGAAUGCUAUCGUCAUGGCCAAUGGGCUAGUUCCGUGGACGGAGACCUCAAAAUUUGACUUCAUUCGGGCAAUCUUCAGGUGUUUGGACUCCGAAAAGGCGGCUGUAUAUCGACCUGCUUCAGAGCUGCUUGGAAUGUGUUUGAAUAAUUUAUACCCUGGUGGUGAGGAGCAAGAAGAUGAGAGAUAUCAAAACGAGUUUGUGGCUAAAUUGGUAACAAUGCGAAAACGUCAAGAAAAAAAGUUCAUGGAUAUCAUCUACGGGAUACAUAAAGCGUUCCCGAUAAUUGUCGACUCAUUUCUGGCCGUUAUUACCAACGCCGUUCCCAAUACGAAUGGAGCUCCCAAGAGAAUCCUUUUGGAGAUGUUACUUUCGCGAAUUGAAGUUUUCAAGGAACAAGUUCACCGGGAGCUGGUGUCACUGGAUUUGAAAGGAAUGCUAAAGGAUCAUCAAUAUCAGCUGCUAGCGUUACAUUUGAUCAACAAAUCUUUGUCCCUUAUGUCCGGGGAAAAUCUAGAGAAUCUACUGGAAAAUAUCGUCUCCAUGACAGGAAACGACCGGGCGGAAGUGCGUGAUAUUGUAUACGAAAUUCUAAUCUUUCUUCAAGAGAACUCUUCACCUGUACUAUCAUCUGAGAGCCAGCAAAAACUUAAACGUGCCUUGCUUGCUGGCCUAAGCGAUCCCGAACAGUCCAUUCAGAAUCGCAUGUUCGAUUUUUGGACAAACGAAUCUCGUUUCCCUACCGACAUCGACAAUCGCUUCCGUCGCGUCCUGUCGGACCUCUACGAACCAUCCAAAGAGGCAGAUUAUCUCGGAUAUGCCACUCAAAUACUACUCGAUUCAGCCGUGAAGAACCCAGAAUCCAAGCGUAGAAUUUUCCAACACGAGUACGAAGUGGAUGUCAAACUGAGAGAGUACUCUAUCGAUACACGCUGGAGGCAACGGAAUUCCUUCGCUUCGGCGCCAUUGUUUGUCGAAUCCCAGCAGCGACUUUUCACGGGUGGUGAUGGCUCCCAAAUGGAACGACUGAUCAAGGCGACUCAGUUCGGCGACGAAGGUGGCUUGUUCGAACCCACGCUUGACCCAAGCAUCAUUACACAACCGGCUACCAGCUUUGCCCUUCCCACACAGCACUCACUUAUGUUCGAAAUCAAUCCACCAAUUUUGGAUCGUCGAUCACGGCGGACACCCCAAAUUAUGACACCCACUACCAGAAGUGCACAGUCUUACGAUAGUCUUCGAAAGCGAAUUCUCAAGGACAAAGAUAGAUCAGCGCGGGAUCAAGCUCUGAAAGCUAUCGAUCGGUACAGCUACGAAACCGUUCGAAAAGCGGAGAGCCACAAGAUGAGGCAAGGAGAGGUGGUUCUGUACCGCCGGUAUCGAAUCGGAGAUUUCCCAGAUUUACUCAUCAACAGUUUGGCGUUGUUGAUGCCUUUACAGGCACUUUGCAGGCGAGAUCCACCGUUGGCCCGUCAGGUGUUCGUCGCCAUAUUCUCCGGCAUACUGGACGAAUGGGAUCAAAACGAGGUGGAUUCACGGGAAGCCAUUGGCGCUAUUGACGGUUCCAUUCAAACAAUCUUUACCGAAACCAAGAAUUGCGAUCCCAACCUUUUCGGAGCCUUGAUUGAGGUGGCCAUGAUGCGUCCCAAGCUGUUCAACCUCCCGGCUGAAGGCGUGACAACGGUAGCCAGCGGAGCCAACAUGAUGACCAUGGGAGUAUUGUAUUUGGAAAGUAAACUGCACGAGUACGACUUUCCGGAACAGUCGAUCAGCUCUCGAUCGUCGUCAGUAACGCUGGAAGCGCUUCAUUGGAUCAAACUUGCCGAACUGAACCAUGCGUUGAACGAGUACGAUAUUCUAGGCGAUAUUUUCUCGGACAAGAUGGAUAGCGACCCGCGGCUGAGGGAAGCAAUCGAACUGGAGAGCGGUGGAAACUUCUACAAGGCACGCGAAAUCUACCUUCAGAUGAUACGGGACAACCAGGCUCGAGUUGCCGAACAGAAUUUCUGCUUCCAGUCUUAUUUCAACUGCUACGCUCAGAUGGGAAUGUGGGAAGACCUGGUUCCGAUUUUGGAACGGCAGGUCGAUGGAAACAUGGAGGAAUUCUGGACAGACGAGUGGAACUUGGAGAACAUUCUGCCCAAAUAUGUUCAUUCCAAUACGCGGUUGAAUUUGGCAGGCGAUGAACGAGGCCGACGUUUCAUUGGUUUGUUGGAAACUUGGAUGCAUGUUCCCGAUCGGAUGGAUUACAUCAAAUCGAACUUUGGCGAAGAGAUAGCCAUGUUGCAGAUUGCCAGCGGUGAAUACUCCAGAGCAAAGAUGUACUCGAAUCAAGUCAUGCGCCAGUUUUUGGAAGAAUGGAGCUACCUGGAUGUGCUCUCGGACAAGUUGAGGGUAUCAAAACUGCUGGAUAUUCGCAAGGUAUCGGAAAUCUAUUCGUUCAGCAGUCUUCUGAGUAACCGGAUGGAGGAAGAUCAAUUGAAGAAACUGGUAUUCAAAUGGAGUAGUUCAUUCCCGACGGCGUCCGAUUCGCCGACAGUUUGGGACACAUUGCUAGUCUAUCGCAAAUUCGUGUUGAACAAGUUGGAGACCCUGCUAGAGGCUUCGGCCGACGAUCGUCUGCACCAGAUAGACUUUGUGAAGCAACUGACGGAUGCAGUUUUCGAGACGGAGCUGCGGCUGUUGGAUGCUUCGUUUGUACAGAAUAACUACCAAUUCGCGAGAAAGAUCAUCAAACGGCUGGAUGUGGUGGCCGAAGAGCAAAGCGAACGGGGCUACCGUUGGCGAAUCGCUCAUCUUAAGUUGCGACGGCUUGGUGAGUUGAAGAGUGCCGGUGAACCGGCAGUGAGUUACCAGAAAUUGGAUCGCAUCUGGCAGCGAUUGAAGGCGGUCGUUGAGGAGGCUGGUUCGGAGAAUUACAAGGCUGUGAAGGUGGCCGGAUUGCACGAGCUGUUCCAAAUGACCGAAAUGCUGAGGGAAAUUGUUCAGAGCAAUCCUCAGUUGGGUCAAGAUUCUAUGGAGGCUCAACUGGUUGGGCACUCUCGCCAAAGCUUGCAAAAAUCCAUUGAGGUGUUGAGCGAAAAUAUGUUCGAUGAUAGUACCGCGCGAUCAAAUGAUGUUGCACUACUGGCAGACUGCCAUUUCAAGAUGGCGCAGUUUUGCUACGAUCAACUGGAAGUUGAAGUUCUUGGAGAGACCUUGGACCUAGAACGCCAACUGGUUACCGCCCUACUAGCCGCGAUGCAAUAUGGCUCGAAAUCCGCCCGACAACUGUUCCCCUGCCUGCUUCAGCUGCCCUUCCUGCAAGAUGGCACCCUUCAUGGUUGUUUCAACGAAGCCAGCCACCCCGUCCCUGAGUGGAUGUUCCUGAGAUGGAUACCGCAAAUUCUAUCGUUCGUUGACUUCUCCCAGCAGUCGUUCCUGGAAGCCUUACUGACCCGUAUAGCCACCAGCUAUCCGAUGGCAUUGUACUAUCCCGCCAAAAUGAGCCUCCAGCGUCAUCAGUUGCGGCCUGACAACGUAUCCAGCCCCUUUGCAAACAGACUCAUGCAGUUGUUGGACAUACCGAAGCUAGAUCGUUUCGUAAGCGAGCUAAGCCAAGUUGUGAUUCCUUCGAUGAAGAUUUCAAAAAUUAUAACGGAUCUACGGAUGGCCCGAUGCGACUCCAAUGAAGAGUAUCGUAAACUCGUACAAGAUCUGGCGAACGAAGCUUUCCCGGAGAUUUCUCCUGAUUUGGGUAGAGAACAUCAGAAGUUGAUUCCUUUGAAACCCGAGUGGCUAAAAUUGCUGGACUUCGACUUUAAUCAAACUGAAGAAAUUCACCAACAUUUGAAUAAUUUGAAAGAGAAAGUGACUCGUUUAGUCCCGCGCCAAACAACUCUUGAGUUGAACAAGUACUCCCCCUGGUUAGCUGGAUAUCACUUCAGUGAACGUGAAGAGAUGUUGGAGCUACCUGGACAGUAUAACAUCGACCACAAACCGAACGUAUGCAACCACGUUAAGAUUGUAAAAGUAUGCACCGAACUUGAGCUGUUCAAAACGCUGCGGAACCCUAUUCGAAUUCGAAUAAACGGAAGCGACGGUAAAUCGUACGAUUUCCUGGUCAAAUAUGGGGAAGAUUUGCGCCAGGAUCAGCGUAUUCAGCAACUGUUGGGAACCAUUUCGAAUCAACUAGCGCUGGACCGUUACUGCAAAGAACACCAGCUGUCGGUGCGAACCUAUGAAGUGAUCCCAAUUAGGGUCGACUUCGGUAUCAUCGGGUGGCUGUCGAAUACCUCGUCGAUUAAAAACAUAGCCGUGCGGUCGAUGGUUCGAUUCAACCCGGACGGAGACGUUACCGGGGCGAUCAACGCCGAGUACAUCCAGUUUCUGCACGAGGCAAGCGGGAUGACCCGGAGUCCGUCCACUCCGCUGUCCAAAUUGUACGGGAAAGUCGCUGCUGCUUGCACUCCGGAACGGAUUACUCUCAAAUUCAACGAGCUGCGGUACAAAAUCAAAGAAGACACCUUCAAGCGUGCUCUGUUCGAAAUGGCCGUUUCGGCGGAAUCGUUCUACAGCUUGCGCGGAAACUUCGCCAAAAGUUUGAUGGCGAUGAACGUGUCCUGUUGGAUUUUGGGAAUCGGUGACCGACACACGUCCAACGUGCUGAUCGAUCGAAGCAAUGGCAAACUUGCGGGGGUCGACUUCGGGAUCGCAUUCGGCGCUGGAACCCGGGAUCAGGGCAUCCCGGAGAUGGUUCCCUUCCGGUUGACACCGCAGUUCGUGAACGUCAUGGAACCGAUGCGAACCUCCGGGAUGAUGAGCAAGUGUAUGGUUUACACGUUGCGGUGUCUGCGGGAUUCGCGUAAGUUGUUGAGAUCCUGCUUGCAAGUGUUUGUGCGGGAGCCUACGGUAGAUUGGUUAGAAGCGGCACAGCGGAGGUUUGUGCAGGAGGAGAACAAACCGGAACUGAGAUGGGAUCCUCAGGCCCGGAUCAACAUGGCCGUGCGGAAGUUGAACGGUGCCAAUCCGAAGGUAUUGAUUGCCGAAGAGUUACGCCUUGGACAGGUAGGUUGUAAUCGGGAGAUAUUGGAGGGAUAUCUGAAACUACUGCAAGUGAGCGAUCCUCUGCUGGAGUCAGGGAAUCUGACUGUAGAACAGCAGGUUCAAUGUUUGCUGAAAACGGCCACUAGUGGCGCUGUGUUGGGUAUAACAUAUGCCGGUUGGUUUCCAUGGUUUUAAGUAUUAUUGAAAAAUAUUGUUAUAUGUUGAAACUUACAUCUAAUACAAACAACUUAAUCAAACAGA